AUGGAGGUUAUCAGCGACGUGGAAUCGGCCGCCACCUCAAUUGCCAAGGACUUCAUCCCGCGGGCUGUUGACAAAGCUGCCAACGCUGAUGACCUCAACGUCAAUGGCGGCGGCAGUGGUGGUUCUGGCUCUAGCGGCAAUACCAUCGGCAAGCGCCAGGACAUCGGCGUUGCCCUGAAAGCCCUCGCUGAUGAUCUAGGCAUGACUCUUGAGAAACUUCGUCGUCCUUGGCGACGAUGA